AUGAGGGACGGCAGCGGCCGGCCGCUAGGGGCCGCGUCAGGUGCAGGAGAGGGCCGCGUCAGGGGCGGCGUAGGGGCCGCGGCAGGGGCCGCGGCAGGGGCCGCGUCAGGGGCCGCGUCAGGGGCCGCGGCAGGGGCCGCGGCAGGGGCCGCGUCAGGGGCCGCGUCAGGGGCCGCGUCAGGGGCCGCGUCAGGGGCCGCGUCAGGGGCCUCGUCAGGGGCCGCGGCAGGGGCCGCGUCAGGGGCCGCGUCAGGGGCCUCGUCAGGGGCUGCGGCAGGGGCCGCGUCAGGGGCGGCGUCAGGGGCGACGUAG